AAAAUACGAUGCUCCUUUCAACUUCCCCAGUUUCGGUACUUGCCGAUCCCAUAUAUCACCUGCCAUGAUCAGCAAGCAAGCUUUAGUUGCGUUAUAAAUGCGAUGGGACGGAACUCGAGAACCAGGUUGACUUUUAUGUUUACUGAGCUUGCGGGAUCGUCCACUGGCUGAGCUGACAUGGCAGAAGUUCCAUUCACUCUUGCGAUCCAAGACGCGGACUUGGAGCUCUUGCGUAAGAAGUUGGACCUUGUUCGACUUCCAGAUGAACUGGUAGACGCCAAAUGGAAUUAUGGUGUACCUCUCGAAGACGUCAAGAGACUCCUUGCUAGAUGGAAAGACGGUUUUGACUGGCGUGCGGCCGAGGCCUCCAUUAAUGUGCUGCCACAAUUCACGCGGAACAUCGAAGUAGACGGUUUUGGAACACUUAGCAUCCACUACGUCCACCAGAAGAGCCAGCUCGAUGCAGCGAUUCCCGUGCUUUUUGUUCAUGGGUGGCCCGGUCACUUUAUGGAAGUGUCGAAGCUACUUCCUCUGCUAACAACUACCACUACAGAUCGACCAAGUUUCCAUGUAGUUGCAUUCAGUCUGCCAGGAUUCGGAUUCUCUGAAGCACCACAGAAGAAAGGUUUCUCCAUAAACCAGUAUGCUGAGGUUGGACACAAACUAAUGAUCGCCCUUGGUUACAAGGAGUAUGUAACACAAGGCGGAGAUUGGGGUUUCCACAUCACCCGCAGGAUGGCACAACUUUACGGCGGCGUCCACCUGAAGGCAUGGCAUACCAACUAUCCUCGUGCAGAAAAACCGGCCCUCACCACAAGCCCAGGAUUGUAUAUCAAAGGUCUUGUAACGCCAUACAGUAAGCGAGAACGUCAAGGCUUCGAUCGUACUGCAUGGUUCUACAAGAAUGGCCGAGGAUAUUACACGGAACAAUCGACUAACCCUCAGACCCUUGGUUAUUCCUUGGCUGAUUCGCCUUCUGGACUUCUGGCGUGGAUAUACGAGAAAUUAGUCCUCUGGACUGACGGCUAUCCCUGGUCGGACGACGAAGUCUUAACAUGGGUCUGUAUCUACUGGUUCUCUCGUGCUGGACCCGCGGCUUCCACCAGAAUUUACUAUGAAUUCAAUGCUGCGUCAGAGUCAACUAAAUACCGAUGGACUGCUAUUCCAUUCGGUGCCUCUUUCUUCCCGAAGGAACUCGUCUGCGUUCCUACAUAUUGGGCUCGUUCUAUUGGCAACCUCGUGUGCGAAUCAGUACAUGAGAGCGGUGGUCACUUCGCUGCGCACGAGAAACCCGAGGCCCUUGUGGACGACUUGAGGAAGAUGUUCGGUAUUGGCGGUCCCGCAUUUGGUGUUGUUCCAGGGAAAAGUGGAUACGCUCCGCCUUAGUAUGAUUUGCACGAGAUUUGUUAUUUGGUAAUGUCUCGUAUGACGUGGUUCAUGUUUGUCCGUCCUUCGAGCCCGCUCAACUGUCUAGUGAGAUGUAAUUUUUUGGUCCGAUGUCUUUGACGGCACGGGUGUAGUGGCCUCAGUAAUGCGUCCAGUAUUACUUCAGACUACAUGAUAUGCAUAGCUUGCAUCGUGAGAUUCACUUGUAUGCCGCGAUUUUAUAGCGCUCUGGACCGGGGACCUUUUUGAAGCUUUUUGAACGGGCGUCUAACUUCAUGCCUCUGGUAGGUUACUUGAAAUGCCCAGAGGGCACAUGAAUAUCGGCCACUUGUCAGGCUCUCAAAUGUCUACUCAGCUCUAUUCAGCUUUGAUGAAGUUGUCAUCCCUCGGGUGUAGUACGAGGUUGAAUAAGGCAUUUGAAUUGAA